AUGACUGUUAGCUACAAUCUCUCCGUGUCCACAUCACAUCCGUGGACAUUUGUACGUCUUUUCUUCAGAUGGAAAGGUUCUGUAUGGAAAGCGGUUUGGAUACAGUAUGUGAUCUGGCUUGGAUUAUUUAGCAUUGUUAGUGUGAUUUAUCGAUUCGUCUUAACAGAAUGGCAGCGGAGAGCGUUCACUGACCUCGUGGAUUUCGCCAAUUCUCGCCUCUCCUACAUUCCACUCGAUUUGAUGUUGGGUUUCUUUGUGGCUGGUGUACUGAAUCGUUUCUGGUACCUCUACAAUAUCAUCGGAUUCAUGGAUAACAUUGCUCUGAUGACAGCUCUGUACGUUCGUGGCACGUCCGAACGAGCUCGACAGUACCGUAGGAAUAUCGUACGGUACAGUCAACUUACACAGGUCCUCGUUUUUCGUGAUCUAUCAAUGAGAUGUCGUAAACGUUUCCCAACGUUGGAUACGGUAGCCGCAGCAGGAUUCAUGAUGCCACAUGAGAAGGAGAAUUUCGAUGGUAUACAGUAUAACUACAACAAAUACUUUCUUCCAUUCAAUUGGGCGUGGGCGUUGAUCUAUCGGGCCAGGAUGGAGGGACUGAUCGAAAGCGACUACUACGUUACUAUACUUUCCGAGGAAGUUCGCAAAUUUCGAACGGAUCUCGCCUGGUUAUGUAACUAUGAUUGGGUCCCAUUGCCUAUGAUCUACCCGACUAUCGUUUGUCUAGCGGUUCAUACUUACUUCCUUGUUGGAGUAAUAGCUAGACAAUACGUGGAAGGUUCGAAAUUCGAGAGCGAUAUGAUCGACAUGGUAUUUCCGUUUAUGACAAGUAUACAGUUCGUCUUAUACAUGGGAUGGCUUAAGGUAGCCGAAGCUCUUCUUAACCCCUGGGGGCUAGACGAUGAUGAUUUCGAGACGAAUAUGUUGAUCGAUAGAAAUUUAGCGAUGGGUCUAAAAAUUGUCGACGAUGGCUACGGUAAGACUCCUGAACUUCGCAAGGAUGCGUUCUGGGAUGAUCAAUGGGUACCGUUGUAUUCGGAGGAGAGCGCAUGGGAGAAGAAGUAUAAACAUCACGAAGGAUCGCUGAGUCAUAUGAAGCUGGAUCGUUCUGUUUCACAAAUUCGUAUGGUUCCCUUACAUGAGGAUGUGCCAAACGACAACAUUUCGCGUCGACGUUGCAGUUCUGUCAAGGAAAAGAUUGUCAUGGUUAAACCAGAAGAAACAGGUCGACGACCGUCACUUGCCCAAUUCAUACGUUCCGCAUCAAAGUUGAGCCUUCACAAUGAAGUCAGAAAGUUGUCGAAAAAUUCCGCCUCAACGCCACAUUUCUCGUCACAUAUCGUGAAAGAGCCCUCGAUGCGUAUGUCUACAUGCAAUAGCGUUGAGGGGGAUAUCGCUGCGGCCGCCGUCGCCGGGAAUGAGGAGGGAAAUCCCACCACGAAGGCGAACAGCAGCCAUCCGAAGAUGUUCUUCACGUCUUCAAGCGCGACGACGCUCGGUCGCGACGGCACAUCGAGCGGUGAACUUUCACGAGUGAUGACCGCCGACAGCGCGAUGGAAAUGUUCACGAUUGGCGAGAACGAUAUUCGCGUCGCGAUGGAAUCACUCGAGACUGGUUCUGGCGCGGCGGCGGCGACGGCGGUGGCGACGGCCGAGUCGUCGUCGGCGACCGUACAUGCUGCAGGCGACGCUGACGACGACGACGACGAGAAUCGAUCCGGUGAUCGAAACGUUGGCGGGAAACCACCGCUCAAGUUCUCGUUCAGCUCCUAG